CCAAAAUCUCCAUCUUAUUGAUUCCUUCGCUAUAUAACCCCCGCCCCCCAUCGACUCUCUGGACUUUGUGUUUGGCCUCGUCCCCGAAUCGUACCAUUCCCCGUUCACCCCUGGACUCCAUUCCAGACCGUCUUUCCUUAUCGUGCCAUUCGAGAAAUAGACUUUAGACGCAUAGAAACAUGGCCACUGCUACAAUGGUCUCGGGUUCAUCCCCCUUCAACCCAAUGCGAACAUCGCCCAGCUUGCCCUCGCCUCUCGCGAGGUUACCCCAAGGCCCGCUAGGGCCGCACAACCGGCCCACACCAUCCCGCAAUAUGACAUUCGCGCGGUCUCGUCCUCUGCGACCAUUCCCCUCUGUGGCUGGCGCAUUGUCGCAGCCGAAGACCGGACAGAGUGGGUUAAAGGGCGCAGUGAAGCUGAUUGAGCCUUCAAAGAAGUUCCAGGGGACGUUCACGCUGAAUCUAACUCAGGCGGAACUGAGCAGGCAGGAUUGAUAAAGCCCGCCGCCGUUAUCCCGAUGCCGAACAUGCUGUACCCACUCGCUCCCCACCCUUCGAUGCUUCCACCUCCUGGCCCGGCGAACUCUCAUCUUCACUACGCACCCACCAAUUACCCGUCGCUCAUAUCGCGUUUCAUGGUCGUUGUCGGUCUUCAAUGCAUCACUCUGUUGUGAAUUCUUCCUGUACUUUUACUGUUUAUUGUUGAACACCGUACACUUCUUUGUUUCACUAGAUGCUCAUAAUACCCGUACGGUGUCCACAUACCGUGGGGUCCUCCGAUUGUCAUAAUUGCAUGUCUUGUUAGUGGUAAAUCUGUGUUGGCAUUUCGCAGACACUGUUAUACGCAAUCCACCAGCUAGGUACUGUUAUGCGUGUUACGAACAAGGGGCGGACAGAAAUAAAAUUUUAGACCAC